CAAAGGUUGGGGGCGGGGCUGUGGCCACUGCAGCCGGAGAACCUGAGAAAAACAGUCGGGGGGAGGGACAGAGGGUCAGAAGGCGGCGAGAAGGAGGGUGCGGAGAGGUGGGAAAGUAUCGGAGUAUCCAGGAGUUGGCCGGGCAGGGAAGAAUAACAGAGCUGAGGGGAGAGCUGCAGUGUGAGAUGGGCCCUGAGCUGCGAUAUGGACAGGAAGGCAGGAGAGGAUGACUGGGAGGACUCGGGAGCAGAAACAGGGGGGUCAGACUACAGUCGCUUGUCCUCUACAAGUAGUGAACUGUCUGUAGAUGACACCCAGGACCCAUUCCUUGUAAGCAUCCACGUUAUCACUGACCCUGGAGAAUCCAGGUGUCUUCAAGAAGCAAUUGAUCGACUCUUAGCCUGGAUACAUCCCGACCUGCAGCUGUUCCGUGUUUCAGAGAGACGGGUAUCAAAGAAAAGGAAACCUGUCAAGAGCUUUGUCUCCCAUCCUGCCCUUGCCAUUAUUCUCUUUCUACAGGAAGCCUAUGGGGAAGAUCAGAUCCUACACCUACACAAGUGCUUUCAGAAACCACCUUGGCAGUUCCACCAUACUGAGCGCGUGCACGGAAAGUUCCUUCCCUACAUGCCUUGCAACCAGGACUUUUUCAUCCUGGCAAACGGCACACCGCUGUGGGCCAUCAGGCAGGUGCAUUAUGGGAAGGAAAUUAUCCGCUUUACCAUCUACUGCAGUUACGAGAACUUUGCCGACAUGAUGAAAAUGUAUGAGCUGAUCUUAAAGAAAAGAGUUUGGAGGAAAAAAACGGAUUUUUGUGUCUUUCCAGUUUAUUCAAAUAUGGAUUUUGACAUCGAGUUUUCUCUGAAAAGACUUGCAAAAGGACAAAAGCCAGUGCCCCUGGAAUCCUCGCUGCUUGAAUUCCGAGUCAGAGACUUUGGCCAGCUGAUCCCUCUCUUGCCCAACCAGUGUAGCCCCAUCAGCGAAGGCCGAUGGAAGACUGAAGAUCAUGAUGGGAAUAAAAUACUAUUACAGCAGGCGCAGUGUCUGGCCAGAAAGACAACCUGGAAGCAUCAGAACUAUUUGUCAAGGAACCCGGCAAUGACCCAGCCCCUCAGCAUCGCUCCCCGCAACCGCAAAUUCAAAUCCGGCAAACACAAAGGCCGCGCCGGCAAUGGCCAGGUUCAGCACUUUGGUGGCUCUCAGAUGGACUUCCCUAGAGGACAGACGGACACGUUGAGAAGUUUAAAGGUUCCCAGUGAAAGUGUACAGCCCUUUCAGCGCAGCAAGUCUCUGUAUUGUUUGCCCACUACGAGCGAUUUCCCCUCCUGCGACUCUUUUCCCAUAAGUGAGACACAUCUCUGUUUUGGGCAGGAGACGUAUGAAACGCCAGUGUGGAGAAGCAGCCCCAGGAUCAACAUUGAUGACCUUGAAGGGGUUGAAGAGACGGAUGUAGAUACAGGGAUGAAGCUUUCCAGUUCUGAUCUGUCCGUGAUAUCUGCUUACACCCCACUUAAUGGUCUGUGUAGUGACUUGGAGGCCUCCCUACCUUCUCAUGGAGCUCUGUCCCACAGCAAUACAUUACCCUAUGAUUCCCUACAUUCCCUAUCCCAUAUAUCCUCCAGCUCCUGCUCCGUAUUCCCCAGUGCUACGGGUGCAAGUACUCUAACACAGGCCCAUAUCCUUGGCCAUUACCACCAGUCCUCGGAAACCACAAGCCAUCUCUCAGAGACGCUGAACGUUCAAGAAGAAGAAGAAGAAUUUUAUAUCUGAGCCUGACGUUCCAAGAACAAUAUUGCUAUAAAUAUUAAUUGUGCCACAUUCUAAGGUAGAGAGACUGGAAAAAAAGCAUAAAUAUAUAGCCGUGUCCUUGAGCAUUAUUGCCUGUGAUACAGGGACAUAACUACAGACCCUGCUGCAGGGGGGCCCAGGAGGUAUAGGGGCCCCAUAUGGCCCUAAAUAAUGAGCAAUUUCAACAUAUUGGGGUAUAUUUAUCAAAGAGUAAAGUUAGAGAUCACCACAGUCCUCUAGAGUGAAAUUCUACCACUCUCCAUUCAUUUCUAUUGGAUUUUUAAAGGCAUAUUUAUCAAAGGAUGAACUUUUACUUUCACCCAUUGAUAAAUACUCUUUUAAAAAUCCCCACUGCUGUGAUACUAACCUGCACAAACGGUGGUCUCACAAGCAAUAUAAGCACAAUACAGGUAGGGGAUCCCUUAUCCAGAAAGCUCCAAAUUAUGGGAAGGCCAUCUCCCAUAUAGUCCAUUUCAAGCAAAUAAUUAAUUGUUUUAAAAAUGAUUCCCUUUUUCUCUGCAGUAAUAAAAACAGUAUCCUGUACUUGAUCCCAACUAAGUUAUAAUUAUUCAUUAUUGGAGGCAAAACCAGCCUAUUGGGUUUAUUUAGAGGCACAUUUAUGAAAGGUCGAAUUUCGAAUUCAUGUGAGUUUUUAAAAACUUCCCUAAAUUCCCAUAAAUUCGAAAUUCGACCAAUCGAAAUUUAUCAAUGAAAUUGAAUUUUUUCAAACUCGGAUGAAUGGAAUCGACCCAAAAACUAUUCGAAAUUUAAAAACUCGAUUUGAGUUGUUUUUUCUGAAAAAAAAACUUGAGUGUCAGGAAGGCUGCAAACAACUCCAAAUUGAUCCCUGGACCGCUCCCAUUGACUUAAACAGCAAUUCAGCAGAUUUUAGGUGAAUAGUCGAAUUUUGAGUUCUUAAAGGGCCAGAGAACUAAUUCUAACUUUUUUUUUUUUAAAAAAAACUCAAAUCGAAUUUGAAUAACUCCCUAGUUAAAUUUGACAGUUUUGACCAUGAAAAAUUCUAAUUUUCAGUUCGACCCUUGAUAAAUUUGCUCCUUAAUGAAUACAUGAUUUACGCAUGGUGAUCCAAAUUACAGAAAGAUUCCUUAUCUGGAAGACCCCAGAUCCCAUAAUAGAUCCAAUACCUGUACCAGCCUCCUGCAUCCCGUCAUUGCAUUUAUAAUCUGUCUGUGCCGUCACAGAACCUCGCAAUGCACAGAAGGAUCUACUGACAUUCAUGUGGUUUCUUGAAAUAGUGGGGAAAAAAGUGUAACACUAAAUCCGUUCAGUAUAUUUUUGUAUUGACGUAAGUCCUUUAGAGAAUCUGUAGAAGCCAGAGAUGCGUUUGGCUGUGGGUUUGUAUCUGAGCAACAGCUGUUGGUUGAGCAUCUGUUCUAUAAUAUAAGCUGCUAAUGAGACAAGAACAAGGGGGAGCCCCAAUGAUGGAGCCUUAUUAUACGUGUGUAAUCUGGUGACUGAUCCGGGGCAAUGAAUACGGACGGCUGCUUUAAUGUUUUCUGGGGCAUUUUCAUGUUUACCUGUUCACUGCCAGCACUGAUUGUAGUGUAUUUCUGGCAGUGGAAAGGUUAAGACACUGUCGGCAUUGUGUUGGUUAAAAUAAAGUGCAAAAGCCAAGAGCUGCCUGUAUACAA